AUGAAUUUUAUUUGCUUUAAAAUAUAUAUUUUUUUCAUCUUAUUUGAUACAUUUAUAUCAUCAAAUACGUAUAUUCCAAGAACAAAUAAUAAUAAAAAUAACAAUCCAAAAAAUGUAACAACAGAUAUAACACCUUUAGGGCCAAUACCUGAUAUAAUUACAUUGGAUUAUAUAAGUGAGCAUCUAAAACAAAUUCAAUUAAUAAAAGAUGAAGUAAUUAAGGAAAAGUUGAAAAAACUUAGAUUAUUAAAAAAAAAAAGUAAAGAUAACAAAAAUGAUAAAGAUUUAAAAAAUGAAAUCGAGCAUUUAGAGAAAGAAUUAAUUGAUACUAGACUACUUUGUAAAGAUUAUAUUAAAAAUGAAUUAGAAGAAAUAAAUAUAUUAAAAGACCAAAUUGUAAACGACAAAAUAGAUCAAUAUCGAUGGAAUAAAGAUAAAUUGAUAGAUUCUGAACUAAAUAAACUUUUUCUCCAGGCACAAAUGAAAAGAGAUAAAAUACUAUAUGAACAAUAUAUGAAACAACAAUUACAAAAUCCUGUGUUACAAAAAGAAAUUUUUAAAAAGGAUAGAAUUAUAUUAAAAAUAUUACAAAGAAUAAAUAAUUUUUUCACUGAAUUAAAAAAGAAUAUUCAAGAGUUGGAAUUUUUAUUGGGAAAAUAUAUUUUCGGUGAUAAUUACAUUGAUAUUAUAAACACUAUUCCACAGAUUGAAUUAUCAUUUGGAAAAGAUUUUAUGAGUGAUAAUUACAUUGAUAUUAUAAACAAUAUUCCACAACUUGAAUUAUCAUUUGAAAAAGAUUUUAUAAGUGAUAAUUACAAUGAUAUUAUAAAGCAUAAUCAAGAGCUUCAUUUUUCAUUUCGAAAAUAUUCUAUUACUAAAUAUUUCACAGAAAUUUUGAAUGAUCAUCCAGAAGUAGAUUUAUCAUUUGGAAAAUAUUUAGACGAUAAAUUGAAAAAAAUACACAACAAAGUUUUUAAAAGAAAAAGUAAAAGUAAACGCAAAAGUAGGACAUUUUUCCAGGUAUGGAGUGCUUUCCAUGAUUGGUUAGAAGAAAAGGCUAUAAAAUAUCAUAUUGGAGCAUAUACAUUUUUUUUUGCAGUAAUAUCUACAAUGGCAAAAGUAUUGAAGGUCCUAAUUCAAGCAUGUACCGUUAGUUCACCUGAUAUAAGUUCUAUUGUAAUAGGAAUUAUUGUAAUGAUUAUUUGUACUAUACUACUUAUAUUCUUUUUAUAUACUGUUUAUAUAUUAAUAUCAGAUUAUAUAAAAUCAAAAAGGGACUAA